UCAAGGCCAAUACAAAGGCACUAGUGGGGGAGCAGCGGCACCUCCGUAUGUCCUUUGGAAAGUGAUGUGGCUUGGGUUUAGCAUAAAAGCAUGGGGUGGCCACCAUCAGAACAUGGAGAUGCCAAGAUGCCUCUCCAGCGGCGGGAAAUACUGCCAACGACAAUUGCUGACCGCUUACCGUUAUGGGAACAUGAAAUCUGUUGCCAACUCCACUGUGCUUUUGCUGUGCUUUUGCUGUGCUUUUGCUUUUGCUUUGCUGUGCUCUUAUCGCCCGCUACCCUUGAUCAGCGCCUCUGGUCAUGCGGGCACCUCGUACUCCGUCUAGCUCUAGCCGCCUUGCCGUCUCCGUAUUCCGGAGCAAACCAAAAAGUAUGGAGUACAAGUACGGAGCACGCACUCCAGAUUAUGGCAGCUUGCUACGUAACUACUACCAAGGUGGCUGCUGGGAGCUCAUCUCAUCUCAUCACCAGCACCUCACAUUCACAUUCUGCUCUCGAGAGCUUCUUGUGCGCAAACUGCCGGAGAGCGCACCAGCAUCCUCGUCGCGCUCCAAAUGACCAUGUCGCAUCUCCCCUGAUUCCUACGCAUUUCCUGUAUUGAUUGAUUAUCCAUAUUUGCUCCUCCUGAAUCCUGGACUCAGGGGCAUCGCGAAGCAGUCGUAAAACGAGACUCUCGCUGCCCUUGUCGCGCUUUGCUAUCUAAGACACGAAAAUC